AUGGUCCCUCCAUACGUUGGCCUGCAUGUUUACGACACGUACGAAAACGAGCUUUCCAAGGGCCACAACGAUCGUUUGUUCUCCAAGGGUAUCUUUGAUAAGAUCGAACAGCUAGUACCAGAGAUAGUUAAGCGCCCGGAGUGGGGAGAAGCAAACGCAGCGUUCUACGCCCUUGAAAGGGACGCUGAGACGGCUAUACGUUCUCUCCUGCAGCAACGGUGCACGUCCCGAACCGAGAAAACUAAGCUCUCGCUGGGUCGACAUGCACUCCGGUCACUACAGAAAUACCUUAUAUUUCUACGAUUUCGAAAUCGGGACACGUAUGCACGGCUUUUGAAAUUGGCUAACACCGGGUACCUGUUCUCGACCAGUGGUUGGGGAUCACCUCGUGCACUGCAUGAACGGGCGCAGUUGGAAGGCGACGAAGAUUCUCCGUUCUUGGAUUGGAUCCAGCUGUUGAAAAGCUUUACGUGCUUUCUUUCUGGGGAUUAUGAAGCGCACAAGUCGAUUGCUUUCAUUUGCGAUUGUAUCCAUCGACGGUAUGAGAAUAUGCUAGAUAUUGAGGUUUGCGUUGGUGUUUCUCCCGAACCGGACGAGUAUAUCUUAAGCGCUUCUUGCUUUGGGGUUGUAGAAGAGGAUGGCGUUGGAAAUCUUAACGAUACAGAUUACUACUUCUUCCCAGUUUCACCGCACUGCACGAUCUAUCUCCUCAUAGACGCUCCGUCGGAAGUGGAUGCAGAAGAGCGUGAAGAACAUCCACACCCAUUUCACAAGGAUGCAGUUGUCCCAUCGACACUAGACCACGACAUCGAAGACUCCGUUGACAUCUACCAACGUAACGCUCUUUUACUCCAAACCCUUCCGCAAUACCUCAUCUUCGUCUCUUCACGUUCUAUGAUUCGAACUCUCACCUAUUACAGCGAGAGACGCUGGAUUCCAGAGAACAUCGACUAUAGCAAGCUCCUUCGAGGAUGCCGAGAGGAGCUUGUGACGCAUACGUUGCUCGUUAAAUCUUCUAUUGAUAUUAUUGACUUGACGGACGAAGUGACGAUGGUUGGCGAACACCCGGUUUGCUAUGGCUCAUUUGCGGAUGUUUGGAAGGGGCUGUGGACUGACCAGACUGGGAAAGGCACGGUUAAGAAGCAGGUUGCGUUGAAAGUUCUGCGAGCGAACCUGGUCGGCUACGCCCAGGAGAGACUCUUUUCGCGGUUAAAGAAGGAAGUCAUGGCAUGGCACCGGCUGAACCACCCCCACGUCGCCAGGUUGCACGGCAUUAUGCAGCUUCCGAACACCCUCGCUAUGGUCUCACCUUGGUGCGAGAAUGGGACAAUCGUCAAGUAUUUACGAGAGACGAACCCCAAUGCAAACCGCUACCAGCUUCUCUAUGAGAUAGCUUCUGGUGUUGUGUAUCUGCACGGAUGCUUACCGAAGGUCGUUCAUGGAGACCUUAAGGGUUGCAAUAUUCUCAUGGACGCGGACGGCAAGGCCAUAAUCACGGACUUUGGACUAUCUAAGGUCCGGGAAGUCUCAGAUGCUCUUGAGUUACCUUCUUCCUGCUUGACGGGUUCAGCACGGUGGAUGGCUCCCGAGAUCCUACUCCCAGAAGUCGAGGACGACCGUAAACCGGCUAUUACGACUCAGAGCGACGUAUAUGCGUUUGCUUCUGUUUGCCUAGAGAUCCUGACCGACCAAUUACCUUAUGCAAAUCGGAAGAACGACGUCAGGGUAAUUGGCGAAGUCAUGGCAGGCGGUAAACCAACUUGCGGUGUUAGGUUCUUGAACCAAGAUCCUAAGGCUCAUGAACUUUGGGAGCUUAUGGAUCAGUGCUGGAGUCGGACUCCUCGGGAUAGACCUAGUAUGAAGACGAUGUGCGAGUGUUUGGAUCGAGUGCGGUUUAAAUGGUCAUGA